CCACAGCAAACUCUUUUAAGGAUUCUUGGUUAGGACACAGAACCCCUCAAGGGUGUAAAAUUUCCAUUAGUGCUGUUUGCGUCUGGCAUGGAUUGGAAGCAGAUGCUCUUAACGAAUCUUUGUAUUUCUUCCUCUUGCUGUGUCUGUCUGAGGAAAGCAAGCCAGAAUGACCUUGGCUUUAAGAAUAGGAACGGCAAGAGAUCUCAGACCUGGCCUUGAGCUACUGUAAAUACAAGGAUUAACAGGAAAAGGGUCAUCAGGUUUAACAUUUCUAUUCUGUUUUCGGAGUCAAAACCGCAGUUUGCUCAAAAAAACAAGAGCUAUUUUAUUGACAAAUGGAGUCUAAGUUGCUCUUGCCAACAGUUCUUGUUUUAAUAAACACUGGGUAUUUCAGGAGCAUGAGCGAUGUCACCGACGGGAGUUUCCUUUGGCAUCGUGAGUGAUGGAAGUGUGUCAGAUGGCUAAAUGAACGGGAUUACAGUUCGUAUGACUGCAGUGUUGAGUAGUGGAGCUUGUGGGGUGGAGUGGGGGCAAGCUGGUAGACAGGGUACCGUUAUCUUUAGCCACACUAACGUGCCCAAGCUGAGGUAGAGUCUCUCUAACUCGCAUUAGGACAAGACAAAGUUCUGCUUAUUGUUUGACAGAAAGCCGCAAUCAUUCCGUGCUGCAAGGGUGACCCCAAAAUGUCUUCCAACGGGGACCUACAAGACCUUGGGAGCUAUGACAGCUUUUGGGAGCCGGGGAACUACAAGAGGACGGUGAAGCGAAUUGACGACGGACACAAACUCUGCAAUGAGCUGAUCAGCUGCUUCCAGGAGCGUGCCAAAAUCGAGAAGGCCUAUUCCCAGCAGCUGAAUGACUGGGCAAAGAAAUGGAGGGGUGUUGUGGAGAAAGGUUCACAGUAUGGCACCAUGGAGAAGGCUUGGCAUGCGUUUAUGAAUGCAGCAGACAAGCUGAGUGAGAUCCACAUGGAGCUGAAGGAAAAGCUGGUUAUGGAAGACAGCGAGAAGAUCCGUGUCUGGCAAAAAGACGCCUACCACAAGCAGAUGAUUGGAGGAUUCAAGGAGACCAAGGAUGCCGACGAGGGAUUCCGAAAGGCCCAGAAACCCUGGGUCCGCAAACUUAAGGAAGUAGAAGCUUCUAAAAAGUGCUACCACCAGGCCCGUAAGGAGGAACGGACAGCAAUGACACGCGAGACACAUGCCAAGGCUGAUACCACCAAGUCCCCGGAGGAGGUGCGCAAGUUUACGGAUCGCGUGGAGAAAUGCACACAGGAAGCAGAAAAGGUGAAAGAGCGCUAUGAGAAAGCUCUUGAUGAGCUGAACCGCUGUAACCCACGAUACAUGGAAGAUAUGGAGCAAAUGUUCGAGAUAACCCAAGAUGCUGAGAAGAAGCGGCUGUGCUUCUUUAAGGAGGUGAUGCUGGAUAUCCAUGAGCAUCUAGACCUCUCCAGCAGUGAAGCGUUUAAGGCGUUGUACCGAGACCUGGGCCAGACCAUUAAUGUAGCCAGUGACACAGAGGACCUGCGGUGGUGGAGGAAUACACAUGGACCUGGAAUGAGCAUGAACUGGCCCCAGUUUGAGGAAUGGACUCCAGAGUCCAAUCGCACCAUCAGCCGCAAAGAGAGGAGCAGCCGAAUCGAUGAUGUCACUUUGACCAACAUCGUCUCUGCUGCUGACGAAGCACCUCAGACACCACAAGAUACCAUCCGAGCUGCCAAAGACUACUCUUCAGACUGGUCUGAUGAAGAGAGCCCUAAGAAAUAUAUAGCAGCGAACGGAGUUGAGCCUGAAGAGGAGGAGAAGGUAGCGGGUGUGCGCGUUAGAGCACUGUAUGAUUACACUGGCCAAGAAUCUGAUGAGCUGAGCUUUAAAGCAGGUGAAGAGCUGAUAAAGUUGGGAGAGGAGGAUGAGCAAGGCUGGUGCAAAGGGCAGCUGGACAGUGGCGAGGUGGGCCUCUACCCUGCUAACUACGUCCAAGUCAUUGGCUCCUGAUGUCCCACCAAGACCCAGCACCUUCCUCGAGAAGGCCAUACCAUCACUGAGCUGAUCACACUGAACUGUGCCAGCAGGGCCUGCCUAACGCUCUAGAGGUCCUGCCAGCCUUUGCUAAAUUUACACAGGACCCACCAGAAGAGAAAAAAAAGCUCACAUCUUGUAUAUUUUGAGGUUCAUGGUGCCAUGGCCUGAGUCAUGGCUUUUUUUGAGAGACUUUACAGGUACAGUGCCUUUUCUGGAACAUUCAAGGGACAAAUAUAGAGCAGAGCUGAAGACUUACAGUACUGUCACCUCACUCUCCAUGCUCAUUACAGACUUUUUGCUUUUCUAAAGGGAUAAAUAUAUUUACUUUUCUGGGGUAUCGUGGGGCUGUAUCAACACUAUCGGAGGCUGUGGGAGAUACUUCCUGUCCUGCGUUUGUGAAUUUCAGAUACAUCAGAAAUCAAUUCAAGUAUUUAUUUCAUCCAGAUCACAUCGACUUGGUUUUCUUACAAAUACAUGUUGCUAUGUACAUAUAUAGAUUUUUUUUUCUUUAACAGCUUAGUACUUGAGGAUAUCUGGGCUGAAAUCUUGCUGCACAUAGUUAUAAAUCGCUGUAGGAUUCCUAAAAAGCAUUGGCAGUUUUCUAAUCUUUCUUUUAAGCAUGAUCGCUUAGUUUUGGAGAAUAUUCUGGAUUUGUACGAAGAAAUUUAAUGAUCAAUGUGGGAUCUGUAAGACCGGUUUUGACGUGUCCUAAUGGAAUUUAUAUUUUCGAAGCGACGUCUUCUGAAAAUCAAAUAGUUUUUAAUUUUAUUUUCUGUUUUUAAUUAAAAAGCAACAUUAAAGACCAAUGACUUAGUGGAGGUUAUCUGAGCAGCGCAAGUGUGUUGUGUGCGCAUAUCUGUGUUUGCCUGUCUGUACAGAUAUUUUGGUUUCCUCAUCCAUUACUGAUGCAUAAUUAAAACUUUAACUACUGUAGCAAACCUCUACUAAUCAGUUUAAAAAAAAAUCCUAAUAAAUACAGAUGAGCUAGA